GACCACUAAUGGGUUAAUGAGUUAGUAAAAAGAAUGUGCAUAGCGUUUAGAGUUCGCAGAAAUGUGAAAAUAUCCUCCGGCUACUGUUUUGCUUUCAUGUUAAUCGGUCAAUCAAUUACUUUUAGUGUUACACAUGUUCUGGUGGUUUUGGUUUUUUGGAUAUGCAACCUGUUGAAGCAAAAAUUGGUGUAUUGCUUGAUAGUAGCAACCGUUUAGAUGGUGAUAGAUUGAAACCGAGGCGUAAAAAGUCCCACCUAAUAAGAAUGACUACGUUUGGAGACUAUAUAAAUAACUGGGUGUAUAUAUUGAUCACCAUAUUUAUUGCUGAUGUGCUGCUUCGUUUUUUUAAAGUACUUUGCGAGUACUUCAAGUACACUAAUCAUUAUUUGCCCGAAAAUCGCUUCUGGACUAUAUUGUCUUAUGCUUAUUGUUACAAUACCGCAACUAUGGUUAUUUUUCUAUGCGUUACAUCUGUUAUUAUCAUACGAGUCAGCUUCAAUAAGCAUGUGGAUAUAUUCCCGCCUAUGGAAUAUUUAACAUACAUUCCUGUUUGGUGGCUAGUUUGCUUGGCACAGUUAGGGCAUAGCACACUCGAUUAUGCCAUGUUUAUCCGUGGAAGUCAUGGUUUAGAUUCUGCGUCAAGUAUGGCAGCCAAUUUCUUCCAUGGGUAUUUAAAAAUAACACUGCCAGCAUACACAAACCACACAGGUAUACGGGAACGUAUUGACCAUUACGAGCAGGUGCACGAUGUAAAAUUUGCGACCGACCGUCUAGUUAUAUUAGUUCCAAGCAAACUUUUUAUACAAUCUAAAUUCGAUAGUCCCUAUCUGGAAAAGGCAGAGCCACUACCUCAAGUACUACGUAACCGUGCCGGUGUCCUUCGCUCUUACAAAAAUGAUGUUUACCGUUUUACUAAGCCAAUUAACAAUCGAUUUUAUUAUUUGGCGCUGGAAGGAGCUACCCCGAUUCUAACAUUUUUCGAAACUUUGAAUUUUCAACUCACUAGCACUAAACAGAUAUUGGAAAUGAACCGUGAAAUCCUUUUGAAAUUCUACAAGUAUUUGAGGAAAUUGAUUUAUAUGUGGCCAGAAACAGAGGCAGAAAUUGAUUUGAUUUUCUAUAAUGAUCACAAAUCAAAUGGGGAAAAGCAGGAUGUUGGAGAGAUGUUGUUCAAUCAUUUCAAAAGUUUAAUACUUUCUAAAGAGAUGUCUAACUCAAACGAAAGUAUUCAAAAUGCUGAUAUGGACAAUGAUAACAUGCCUGAUGAAUGACAUUGAAAAGUGAUGCAAACAGUUUUCUAGUGAUAAAACGUAGGCUAUUACUUGCAUUUGAAAUGUAAGCUUUAUUAUUUAUUUACAAUAUUAUGUGCCUUUAUUAUAUGACUAAAUGAAGGGGUUUUCCAAAGCAAAUAGGACUUUGCACAAAUAAAAACGAAUUAUUUUA